UCCCAAGAAGAAGAGAAGAAGAGGAAGAUCGAGGCAGCCAUGGAUCGAGGCCGCCUCCCAUGGCGCCCCCCCUGCCGACCUUCCCCCUCCUCCCCUCUCCACACGCACUCGCAUAUAUAUACGCGCCCAACAGUCCAUCGCUCCUCCACACCCAUCCUCUCCCAUGCUCCUCCUCCUCCUCCAAGAAGACGAUAGAUAGAUAGAUAUAGGAGAGCAUGUUCUGCUUCAUGGCGUGGUUCGCGGCGGCGUGGAGCUGCCUGGUGGUGGUGCUGCUGCUGAGCUCGGCGAGGUUCAGUAAGACGGCUUCUUCUUCUUCUUGCGGCAAGGGAGGGGGUGGGUGGGGGCCGAGGAGCUACCCGGUGAUCGGGUGCCUGGUGGCGUUCUACCGGAACAGGCGGCGGCUGCUGGACUGGUACACGGAGAUGCUGGCGGCGUCGCCGACGCAGACGAUCGUGGUGGACCGGCUCGGGGCGCGGCGGACGGUGGUGACGGCGAACCCGGCGAACGUGGAGCACAUGCUGAGGGGGAACUUCGGGAACUACCCCAAGGGGAAGCCGUUCACGGACGUGCUCGGGGACCUGCUCGGGAUGGGGAUCUUCAACGUCGACGGCGAGCUGUGGCACGCGCAGCGGAAGCUGGUGAGCCACGAGUUCUCGGCGCGGGCGCUCCGGGAGCUGGAGGUCACCGUGCUCGAGGCCGAGACGCGGGACCGCCUCGUCCCGGCGCUGGCGGCGGCGGCGGAGGGGGAGGGGGGCGUGGUGGACAUGCAGGACGUGCUCCGGCGGUUCGCGUUCGACGUCAUCUGCCGGGUGUCGCUCGGCGUUGACCCGGGGUGCCUCGACCCGGCAUUGCCGGCGCCGAGGCUGGCGGCGGCGUUCGACACCGCGGCGGGGAUCAUCGCGCGGAGAGGGGCGGCGCCGGUGGCCGCCGUGUGGAAGGUGAAGCGCGCGCUGGACGCCGGGUCGGAGAGGAGGCUGAGGGAGGAGGUCGGGGUGAUCCACGAGGCCGUGAUGGGGCUCAUCCGCAGCCGGAGGAAGGAGCGCGCGCUCCUCCUGGUCAACGGCGACCACGGCGGCGACGGCGCGAGGAGGAGCGACCUGCUGUCGCGGAUGAUCGAAUGCGGGUACCCCGACGAGGCGAUCCGCGACAUGGUCAUCAGCUUCAUCAUGGCCGGCCGCGACACCACCUCGUCGGCGCUCACCUGGUUCUUCUGGCUCCUCACGCGCCACCGCGACGUCGAGCAGGAGGUCCUCGCCGAGAUCGCCGCCACGCGGCGCGCCCGCGGCGCCGCCGCCGGGGAGGGAGACGCCGAGGGCGAAGGCCUGGACCUCGACGACUACCGCAGGAUGCGCGUCCUCCACGCGGCGCUGUGCGAGACGAUGCGUCUCUACCCGCCGGUGGCGUGGGACUCCAAGCACGCGGCGGCGGACGACGUGCUCCCCGACGGCACGGCCGUGGGGCACGGCGACCGCGUCACCUACUUCCAGUACGGCAUGGGGCGGAUGGAGUCCAUCUGGGGCCCCGACGCCGCCGACUUCAGCCUCCACAGGUGGCUCUCCCUCCCGCACGACGGCAGCGCCGCCGCCCCCUCCCACGCUGCCGCGUUCGCCGGCGUCUCGCCGUUCAAGUACCCGGUCUUCCAGGGCGGCCCGCGCACGUGCCUCGGCAAGGAGAUGGCGUUCGUCCAGAUGAAGUUCGUCGCCAGCGCCGUGCUCCGCCGCUUCGAGCUCCGCCCCGUCGACGAGGGCCGCACGCCGGCGUUCCUGCCCCUCAUGACGGCCCACAUGGCCGGCGGCCUCAACGUGACGGUGCAGCGGCGGAGGACGACGCCGCCGCCGGCGAGCGGCGGCGCGGCCAAUGGCACAGGACCAGCCGAAUUAACUAGUAGUUAACCCACGUGUAAGUACACCAAACACAAGGAUUAAAUUAGUGGCAUGAAACACACAAGUGUGCUUAGCUACCAAAAUUAUUACUGCAACUUACAGCUAGCACUGUACACACUGUAUCAUAUGACCAUCAUAUGCAAUUCAAAGAAGAUACACACACCAUGUUCCUUUUUUUUCUGAUCCUUGAUCCAAGGUAACCUCAGGAACUUUUCAGAGGUAUCUUCCUGCUGCACAAGCAGCUUCGUUUGUCGCGCCGAUCCGGCACGUGUUUUUUUCGACUUAAGGCUUGUUUGGUUGGCUCGCGGCUACGAAUUGCCACAUUAAUCUUCAAACGUGCCACCACAUACGUGGCAGGGCCAGAGGCUGAUGUGUGAGCUAGCUCCAUCAUCAAUUGGAAAGUUCUUUGGUUCAGUUUCCAGUUAAGACCAGCAUGCACAUGAGCAUGGACAAAGGGGACAGGCAGGGAAGAGAAAGAACAGGCUGAGAAAAAGAGCAUGUGGGGAUUUUGCUCUAAUGGGGUUAGGUGAAAGGAUGAGCCCAAGUGCAAGUAGCUUUCACAGUUGCAGAGAUGGGAAUUAAACGUUGUGGAAGAAAAUAUCAACUAGUAUAGUAGUGGUCUUGACUAAAUUCAUAUGUAUGCUAAUGAAUCUAGUUAUAUAUACAAAAUAGAUAUAUUGAUACAUAGAUAAAUUUGAACAAAUACAGAAAAUCUUAUAAUACGAAACUAGGUAGUACUAAUUGACUUGGUGGCAAGAGAGGAGAUGCUAUAUACUCCAUUUAUUUGUAUGUAAUAUAUUCAUGGAGCAUGGUUGAAGUGAAGAGGAAGAGAAAGGGAAAAUUCAUGUUUGCCACCACGUGCUGAAUAUAUAUACACUU